GGAAUUUGCCCUCGCCUCGGGCUAGCUACCCUCGGGCCCCAGGAAGUUGCGAGCGCCGGCGAUUGCCUAAGGAGCGCACUCUGGGACCGCGGGCAGCACAGCCUGCGCCUGGCCGUCGGUCGCGAUGAAGCCCUCUUGGCUGCAAUGUCGCAAAGUCACUGGCGCCGGGGGCCUCGGGGGACCCCUGCCUGGGUCCACUCCGGCCCGGGGAGCCAGCGCAGCCCGCCGGGCUCUGGUGGCCCCUGGCCCGCGGGGCGGUCUUGGGGGCCGGAGCUGUCGUUCGCUGUCCUCGGGAGGCGGCAGCGAGUACAAGACCCACUUCGCGGCCUCGGUGGCCGACCCCGAGAGGUUCUGGGGCAAGGCUGCAGAGCAGAUCAGCUGGUACAAGCCCUGGACCAAAACGCUAGAGAACACACACUCGCCUUCCACCAGCUGGUUUGUGGAAGGAAUGCUAAACAUUUGUUACAAUGCCAUUGACCGUCAUAUUGAAAAUGGUAAAGGAGAUAAGAUUGCUAUCAUCUAUGAUAGCCCUGUUACAAAUACAAAAGCAACUAUAACCUACAAAGAAGUUCUGGAGCAGGUCUCUAAGCUGGCAGGCGUUUUGGUCAAGCAUGGCAUCAAGAAAGGUGACACUGUGGUCAUCUACAUGCCCAUGGUCCCACAGGCGAUGUAUACCAUGCUGGCGUGUGCAAGGAUAGGAGCCAUCCACAGUCUCAUCUUUGGGGGAUUCGCAUCCAAAGAACUAAGUAGUCGCAUUGAUCAUGCAAAGCCUAAGGUGGUGGUUACAGCAUCAUUUGGCAUUGAACCUGGAAGGAGAGUGGAAUACAUACCUCUUUUAGAAGAAGCACUAAGAUUAGGACAACACAAACCAGACAAAGUUCUUAUUUAUAAUCGUCCAAAUAUGGAGGCGGUUCCUUUGACUCCAGGUCGUGAUCUUGAUUGGGACGAAGAGAUGGCGCAAGCCCAGUCACAUGACUGUGUUCCUGUUCUUUCAGAACAUCCUCUGUAUAUUCUUUACACAUCUGGAACAACAGGAUUGCCUAAGGGGGUGGUUAGGCCCACUGGGGGAUAUGCUGUCAUGUUAAACUGGACAAUGUCUUCUAUAUAUGGACUUAAACCUGGAGAGGUGUGGUGGGCAGCCUCUGACUUAGGCUGGGUUGUUGGACAUUCCUAUAUCUGUUAUGGACCUCUUCUACAUGGGAACACAACGGUUUUAUAUGAGGGGAAGCCGGUGGGAACGCCAGAUGCCGGCGCCUAUUUCCGUGUGCUUGCGGAGCAUGGAGUAGCUGCCUUGUUUACAGCGCCGACUGCAAUUAGAGCGAUCCGUCAACAGGACCCGGGGGCAGCCUUGGGGAAGCAGUACUCUCUGACAAGGUUCAAAACAUUAUUUGUGGCUGGAGAACGAUGUGAUGUGGAUACCCUGGAAUGGUCCAAAAAGGUCUUCAGAGUACCAGUGCUAGACCAUUGGUGGCAAACUGAAACAGGAUCCCCAAUUACAGCAUCAUGCAUUGGAUUAGGUAAUUCUAAAACACCUCCCCCAGGACAAGCAGGAAAAUGUGUUCCAGGAUAUAAUGUUAUGAUUUUGGAUGACAACAUGCAAAAACUGAAGGCUCGGUGUUUAGGAAAUAUUGUGGUAAAGUUGCCAUUGCCACCUGGGGCUUUUUCAGGACUCUGGAAGAAUCAGGAAGCAUUCAAGCAUUUAUACUUUGAGAAAUUUCCUGGAUACUAUGACACAAUGGAUGCUGGUUAUAUGGAUGAAGAAGGCUACUUGUAUGUAAUGUCUCGAGUUGAUGAUGUGAUAAAUGUUGCAGGUCACAGAAUUUCUGCAGGUGCCAUUGAAGAGUCUGUCCUUUCCCAUGGUACUGUGGCAGAUUGUGCAGUCGUUGGCAAGGAAGAUCCUUUGAAAGGUCAUGUUCCCUUAGCACUCUGUGUAUUAAAAGGAGAUAUAAAUAUAACAGAGGAACAAGUUUUGGAAGAAAUUGUGAAACAUGUUAGACAGAGCAUUGGCCCUGUGGCUGCAUUUCGAAAUGCAGUGUUUGUCAAACAGUUACCUAAAACCAGAUCUGGCAAAAUUCCCCGAGCAGCUCUGUCUGCACUUGUCAAUGGCAAGCCUUAUAAGAUAACUCCUACAAUCGAAGACCCCAGCAUAUUUGACCACAUAGAAGAAGUACUGAAACAGGCAUCAUGAUUUGUUUUUGAGUCAAUUUAAUUUUCUAACUGAAAUUAAGUUAUUUGAGUUACUUCCCAGAGAUAGAUAAAUAUUUAAAUAGAAAUUAUUUACAAAUUGAAACGUGAAUUAUAAAACUCGGUCUAAACAAAUCUAAUGAAUAAUUGUGAAAGACCUGGGCAUUUUGUCUGAUAUGACCCAGUUAGCAUUAGUAUGAGUUGCCUGUGCUGCUUCUCAACAUAUUGUCUAGCACUUAAAAAAAAAAAUACAUGUCUAGUGUAUGAUUUUUAAAAUUGUACCUCCCCCAAAUACAGUAAUUGAAAGUGACCCUACUAUAGAGUCACUUCCUGAAAUUAAGAAUCUAUAGGUGUGAUCCAAAAUCUAAAACUCAAGUCAAAGACAGAAAAUAAUUUUUAAACUUUCUUUUAGAAUUGUUUAGUAUUUGUCCAAUAUUCUUUAGAUGACUACAUUUUGUUUUUAAUGAAAUAGAUGAAAUGGAAAGCUUUAGGUAAUCACCUAGCUCGAUGAAAUUAUUUUCUAGAUAGGACCUGUAUGAGGGAAGGCUGGGUUACAGCUCUGCCUUUAGGUUAUUUGUUAACUUAGGCAAAGGAAAUCACACGCCUGGCAGAGCAGCUGGAGAUGAUGUAGUCCGAUCUCUUCAUCCUAGAAAUGAAGAUUCCUGGGAGCCUCUCCCCAAGCCUCAGGUUCUUGAUUGGCUGUGUACUUCUUGAUUCUAAUUUCUUAUAGAAACAGAUAGAUAUACAGAGGGCUAGGGUGAUAAGGGAAAAAUUUAAGCAAGAAAUGUAAAGUUUUUACAUAAAGGUAAAGACCUUCCAGGCAAGAGCAUAAUGUGAACGAACUUUUGAAAUGAACUUGACUUUCUUGAGUAUCAGAAGGACUAUAGGGAACAGUACAGACUGAAGGGUAUCUGCUCCAUGUAAGGGAACAGCCCUUACUCAGUCACAGCAGAAUAUAAACUAGGGGUAAGACAUGUUCCCUGUUGCAAAGCCUCUGGUUUUCAAAAGUAAAAUGCAUAAUUUAUGAGAAAAAUCUGAUUUUUAAAUAAUUAUACAUUAAAAAUUUGAUAUCCAAAUAUCUUUCUAUUUACACUUUUCUAAAACUUAACAAUUUUUUAAAUAAUUGAAAAAUGAAUCUAUUAAUAAGCUUGCAUUAAUGUGCCUAUUAAAUAGAGUAGAUAGAUGUAGGUAAUAGGAUAUUUGGUCUAUUUAGGAUUGCCUUCUUAAUUGUUACCCCUGAAAUAAUGUAUUUAUCUACUGGGUCGUCAGAAAAAUCAUUACUCAUUUUUGCAUAGAAAAACACAUGGUAACUUUUCCAAUGACCCAACAGCUAUUUCCUUGCAUUAUCUCAGUGGCUGGAAUUGAAACCAACCAAACAGACAUUCUAUUAUUUGAAGGUUUGGAUUCGUUGAACUGUUUCUUCUAAUGGGUACAUUUUAACCAUUAUCACAAUUGUCAUCUUUACCAAUAAUCCCUUUUUAAUGUCUUAACAUUAAAAUGUAUUUCCUUUUAUUUGCCACAUAAGAUUUAGCUCAAAAUGGCUAAUUCUUUAGCUUCCAUUGUUCAUUUGAAAUGUAUAAACUCAGGAAGAUCCAAGAGUUAUGUCAGAGAUUAUGUCUUUGGUCGUCUUGUGCAUUUUUCCUGGUAAUCAAAUCUGAAGGGACACUUCAGCGAGCAGACUUAUGUUAUUUUCCAGUUGAGUGGGUCUGCAAAACAGUGUAUGAGACUGAGGAAGUAGCUAUUUCUUGUGUCUUAUUGAGGAAAUUUAUCUCCUUUGCCGGGUCAUUUACUUUCAUGUGGCUAAAAAUAAGUCAAGAACGUUACUCAAGUUAUCAGAUUGCUUAAAAUUUAGGAGAAAAAAAACAAAUUUAUUUUAAUACCAACCAUAAAACACUUUCACUAAUAGUACCUGAAAUAUUUUAAACUACAUUUAUCUUUAAAAACAACAGUAUGAUAUUGCUCAAAAAUGCAAUUUUACUUGAAUUUGUUAAGAUGAAUUCUGUGUGAUCUGAUUUUGGUAUUUUCAUAGAAUUUUUGCUGUAAGACAUUGGAAAAAUGUAAAUAUAAAGUCCUUUCAAAAUCUAUAGAAAAGUGUUUUCUAAUUAACGGAGUUAAUUCACUCAUGAAAAUAUAGUAAAUAUAUACAAAUGAUUCCUACCUUACAUUUAAAAAGUGUUAUUUAUGUAAAAUUGUGUUUGUAAGGCCCUGAUCAGUCAAAAUGAGAAAAAUUAUAAUGUUGAUUAUCCAGAAGGAGGAAUAUUGAGACCCUGGGCUUAAUCCAUUAAAUGGAUUUUAAAAUCUGAUAGAAAUGAUAUUAUAAGUUAAAAUGUAUUUUAUACUUGAGACAUGUAUCCCUGGAUAUUUCGUGUCAGUAUAUGUUAGGUUCUAUUAUAGAUUACUAUUUCUUAAGUGAUCUCUGAAGAGAAGAACCGGACGUUAGUAAUUGAAUGGUAUAUACAAGAGUACAAAUCUAGUUAUGGUAUUAUGAUGUCAUAGAUCCUGUAUUAUAUUUCAUUUAUGUGAAACCAGACCCUCAAAUUCAGAUGAGUUUAAAAAGAUCUUGGCUGUUAUUUUAGCUUAGGCGACAUUUUUAGAAACGCUCACAUCAUUCCCAUAAGCAAGUUUAGUACUCCCUCUUGUGGCAGAUUUACCACUGACGAUAAUGAAUAGUAGAUUGAGAGUCACUGGGAGAACGUUUUUUGUGACAGUUCAGGUAGAUAGUCAAACUGUGUGACUAGAAAACAGAGUUUAAACAGAGAACUGGAAGUGUUUUUUCUUUUUUUUUUUUAUUGACAAUGGAGAGGGUUUCUGUUACCAUUACCGUUUUUGACUGAAUCUGUUAAACAAAAAUAGACAUCAAAACAAAUGUAGUGUACGUGCAAACAGAGCAAAGUAAAAUACAAAAAGAAAUUACUAAUGACAUCUUGCGCUUAAUAAGAUCAAGCAGCAGAAAAUCAGCAGUUAGAUAAAUGGCAUUAUUAAAGAGAUUUUACUUUGAAUUCCCCAUAUAAACAAAGAAUAAACAACAGUAACACCACCGAAUAAAGCCACAGGGAAGAGAUUACUCUUCUAUACUUUUAUACACUAUAUAUGUUAAUCAUUCUGUCUUUCUUUUAUUUCCUCUGAUUAAAAACUGACUUCAGGGAAGUCGCAACAAGGCCAUCUUGGCUAAAAGCUUAUAAUAUUAGAUGUGAGUCUGGCUAAUGCCCUGUUACAUUUACGAAGGGGAAGGGUUUUGUCUUUUCCUGGUGGAGAUGAUCCUCAGACUCUAUUGUGGUUUGAUGUUCACUGUCCAGUGCUGGCUGGCAGUUUAAAAGAUUUGAAUGAACAUGUGGUUCUUAGUAAAGAAGGUUUUUUUUUUUUUUUU